AUGGCAGAAUCCUAUCUAGUUUGGCUAAAUUUUAAUAUGAAUGAAAAUAAUAAAGAUUGCUGUAAACAUUUCGAGGAAAUAUGUGAAGUGAUUAAUCAUGUAAAUAUAUUUACAGAUGUUGAUCAAUGUAUGGAUUUCCUCAUUAAUAUUAAAAAAGCAAUGAUUUUUGUAAUUAUUUCAGAAGAAUUUGGUUCAAAAGUUAUUUCUAUCGUUGAAAAUCUUUCUCAUAUCAAUUCCAUUUUUAUCUAUUGUGAAAAUCUUGCUGAACACAAAGAAUGGACAGAAGAAUAUUCUAAAGUCAAAGGUAUUUAUACGAAUAUGACAUCAAUCUUUCAUGUAUUGAAAGAAACUAUAGAAGAUUUCGAUCUAUAUUCGAUUCCAAUUAGUUUUAUCAAAAUAACUGAUGAACAUAAAACUCCACCAAAACUUGACGAGUUAGAUUCGUCUUUUAUGUAUACACAGAUAAUCAAAGAAAUUUUAUUAAGUAUUGAUUUUAAAAAAGAACAUAUGGAAGAGUUUGUUACUUAUUGUCGUCAACCAUUCGACACCAAUCCUGUGUCAAUUGAAAGUGUUGAGAAAUUUGCAAAAGAAUAUCGUAAUCAUCAAGCUAUAUGGUGGUACACUAGUCCAAGUUUCUUAUAUGGAAUGUUGAAUAGAGCAUUGCGUUUAAUGGAAGUUGAUUUAAUUAUUAAAAUGGCAUUUUUUAUUCGAGAUCUUCACACCGAAAUUACAUCAAUUCAUACAGAACAAUGUGAUGAUUUCGAUGAUUCAACUUUGUUUACUGUUUAUCGUGGUCAAGGAAUGUCUGAAAAGGAUUUUAAUCGAAUGAAAAAUACACAAGGUGGAUUAAUCUCAUUCAAUCAUUUCUUAUCAACAAGUCUUGAACGAUCAGUAGCCUUCGUUCUUGCAGAUAGUUCGAUUCAAAAUCAUGGUUUAAUUGGCAUUCUAUUUGAGAUAACUAUCAAACCAUUUAUAUCUUCAUGUCCAUUUGCUAAUCUUACGGAUAUUAGUUAUUUUGAAGAAGAACAAGAGAUACUCUUUUCCAUGCAUUCUAUUUUUCGUAUUCAAUCAAUGAAACAAAGCGAAGAAAAUGAACGUAUUUGGCAAGUGAAUUUAACACUGACAGAUGAUAAUGAUCUUGAAUUACAUACUUUAACUGAAUGUAUAAGAAAAGAAACAGAAGGUUCGACAGGAUGGGAACGACUUGGUCAAUUAAUGAUUAAAUUAGGACAUUUCAAUAAAGCAGAAGAAUUUUAUAGAACAUUGAUCAAAGAGACCGAUGAUGAAAAUGAAAAAGGCAAUUUAUUUCAUAUACUUGGAUGUAUCAAAAAUGAACUAGGAGAAUAUAACGAAGCAGUGAGAUAUUGUGAACAAUCAAUUGAAAUCAAUCAGAAGAUUUCUCCUUCAAAUUCACUGAAUCUCGCUACUUCGUACAAUACUCUCGGUACAAUCUAUAAAAGUAUCAAUGAAUAUUCCAAAGCAUUGUUCUUUUAUGAAAAAGUCAUCGAAAUUAGACAAAGAAAUCUUCCUGAAAAUCAUAACCAUUUGUCUAUUUCUUAUAAUAAUAUUGCUGGAGUAUAUGAUAACAUCGGUGAAUAUUUCAAGGCAAUUUUAUAUUAUAAUAAAACACUUGAAAUUGAAGAAGCGAAUCUUCCUGCUAAUCAUCCGAGUUUAGCGACUUCUUACAAUAAUAUUGCUGUUUUAUAUAAGAAUAUAGGCGAAUAUUGCAAAGCACUUUCAUAUCAUGAAAAAGCACUUCGAAUAGAAGAAAAAACUCUUCCUGUAGAUCAUCCAGAUUUUACCCAAUCGUACAACAAUAUUGCAGGAGUUUAUUACAAAAUUGGCGAAUACUCGAAAGCACUUUCAUAUUAUCAAAGAGCGAUUGAAAUCGAGCAGAAAACUGUGAAUAACCCUUCACAUAUCGCUACCUUUCACAAUAAUAUUGGAUCGAUAUAUGACACUGUGGGAGAGUAUUCCAAAGCAAUUUUAUCUUUUGAGAAAGUUUUGGAAAUUCUACAAAUGAAUCUCCCUGAAAAUCCAGUUUAUUUAGCUAAUACUUACAACAACAUCGCUUCCGUGUAUAAUAAUAUGAGGAAGUACAAGAAAGCAUUUUCUUAUUAUGAAAGAGCCAUUGAGAUAUUUACAAAAAAUCUCUCAGUAAAUCAUCCUGAUUUGGCUACUGUCUACAACAAUAUCGCUUCCGUCUAUGAUAAAAUGGGUAAGCACUCGAAGGCAGUUUCAUAUUAUGAACAAGCACUUGAAAUAUUCACACAAAUUCUUCCUGAUGAUCAUCCAAAUUUAGGUGCUUGUUACAAUAAUAUUGGUCUAGUGUAUGAUAACAUUAAUGAAUACUCGAAGGCACUUUCAAACUAUGAGAAAGCUAUUGAAAUAUUUAAAAAACGUUUUCCUACUAAGCACCCAGAGUUGGCUACUUCCUAUAAUAACAUUGGAUGGAUCUAUACCAGCACAAAUGAUUAUUUAAAAGCAUUGUCAUAUUUUCAACAGGCUCUGGAUAUUUUUCAAAGUUCAUUACCAUCUAACCAUCCUAACAUCCAACAUGUGAUAAACAGCAUUGAAAUCAUUAAAAGUCAACUCUAA